AUGAGUGAAUUCGUCCUGCCGGAUGAUACGCGAGUUGCUGUGCGUCGAGUUGAGUCCUCCUUCCCCUCAGAUCACACACAGAGUGUAAUGGUAUGUCUGGCAGUGGGACAUCCACAGGAUACGCUGUAUACACCCUCGGAGUCGGGUUCCAUUACCACUUUAGACUACUCCGGCGGCCCGACGGACACGGAUGAGGGACCUGACGGCAGCUAUGUACGUCUGGUUACUGGUGUCCUUAAUAGUUCCUUUAUCUCACCACGCAAUUUACCAAUCCGAGUUUCCAACCUGGUAACUUAG